AUGCCGAUCAGCUAUUUCGUCUCGGCAAAGAAGGCGUCGGUCGUGGUAGAAUCGGUUGUCGGAAACUUCACAGGUAUCUGUUCCUUAUUUGUGGUUAUUCAUGUUUGUUUAAUGGUGGAGGACAUGAAAGCGUAAACUUAAUCGUUGCUCGCGGAAAUCGCAUCGAAGUGCAGCUCGUCUCCCCGGAAGGAUUGAAGAAUGUGUGCGAAAUUCCCAUUUACGGACAAGUUCUUACUAUUGCUCUUGUCAAAGGAAAACGAGAUGUAAGUUUACUCAACAUUGAUUCAAAUGGAAACUGUUUCGAAUGAAUGCCACAAUGGUUCCCUUCAGAAGCGUCAAUCGCUCGUCGUGCUCACUGAGAAGUGGCACAUGGCUGUUCUGGCAUAUCGAGAUGGAAAGGUGGUGACUCGUGCUGCUGGAAGCAUCGCAGAUGCAACCGGAAGAGUCUGUGACAGUGUUCUGAGCAUGACGAUUCAUCGAAAUGGGCUCAUUGCCAUCCGCGCAUUCGAAGGAAGUGUCAAGAUGAUUCAGUGGGAGUCGGGAACCGAUCUGCGUCACUUCAACGUCAGAUUUGACUAUGCGAAUGUUUCAGAUUUCAAGUUCGUUGACACUGGAGAAGGUAAGCGAGAACAGUGAAUCUGAAGAAGCAAUCAGUUUUCAGAAGACACUUAUCGCGUCGCUUUCAUUUACGACGAUGACCAUGGAAAGCAUUUGCAGUUUUCGGAUCUGAAUAUCCAGGACAGAGAGUUCAGAACCUACUCACGACAAGCAAGCAUUGCCGCCGACUCGACGUGCCUCAUUCCAGUCCCAGCCCCCAUCAGCGGAGUGAUCGUACUCGGCUCCAAUUCUGUGCUCUACAAAUCGUGAGUGCCCAUGAAUGAACAUAUUCUUAAAUAUAUUUUUCAGAGAUUCGAGAGGAGACAACGACAGCGGAGUGGUUCCGUACACUUGCAGUCUUCUCGAAAACACCACAUUCACAUGUCAUGGACUCGUUGAUUCCUCGGGAGAAAGGUUCAUUCUUUCCGAUACCGAAGGACGUCUUCUCAUGCUUCUGCUCGACGUUUCUGAAGGACCGGGUGGUCAUUAUGCAGUCAAAGAGAUGCGAAUCGACAUGCUCGGAGAGACCUCGAUCGCCGAAUCGAUCAACUACAUCGACAACGGAGUCGUUUUUGUCGGAUCGCGCUUCGGAGACUCGCAACUUGUCCGUCUUAUCCCGGAACCCAACGGACGAGGCACUUACUCGGUUGUUCUGGAGACGUACAGCAAUAUCGGACCGAUUCGAGACAUGAUCAUGGUGGAAUCAGAUGGACAGCCGCAGUUGGUGACAUGUUCCGGCGCCUACAAGGAUGGAUCGCUCCGUGUAAUUCGAAAUGGAAUUGGAAUCGACGAAUUGGCCAGCGUUGACUUGGCCGGAGUCACCGGUAUUUUCCCGAUUCGCAUGAAUUCUGCGUUCGACAACUACCUGAUUGUUUCGCUCCUCGAAGAGACUCACGUUCUUCAAAUCAACGGAGAAGAACUCGAAGACGUGGAACUUCUGCAGGUGCAAGCGGAUACGUCGACCAUUCACGCGGCUUCUCUGUUCGGACCAGACAGUGCGGUCAUUCUUCAAGUUACUGAGAAGCAGGUCCGCCUCAUGUCCUCGGCAGGCAACUCCAAGUUCUGGGAGCCGUCGAACGGAGAGCCGAUUUCGAAAAUUUCCGUGAACACAGUGCACGGACAAGUGGUUCUUGCGGCCAGAGACACUGUCUACUACUUGACAUGUCACGUGGAUCAAGCGGGCGAACUGGAGAUACGCUUGGAGGCGGAGAAAGUGUUCGAAGACGAAAUCGCUUGCCUCGACAUCUCAAACGAGGGAGACGAUUUCAACCAGAAGGCGACGUUUCUCGUGCUUGCCCUUUGGAGAACGUACACGAUGGAAGUGGUUCAACUGAGCGAUCUGAACACUGUCUGCCGAACUGACUUGCCUUCCAAGAUCGUUCCCCGUUCAAUUGUGGCCACUUGCAUCGAAGACGUCCAUUAUCUGCUGGUUGCUCUUGGUGACGGAGCACUCAUUUAUUACGUGUUCGACGUGAAAACGGGAACUCACGGAGAAGCGAAAAAGUCGAGUGUGGGCACUCGUCCGCCGAGUCUCCAUCGUGUCCGCUCCAAGAACCGUCAGCAUCUGUUUGUAUGCUCUGAUCGUCCUGUCAUAAUUUUCUCCGCCAGCAAGAAGCUUGUCUUCUCCAACGUCAACGUCAAACUGGUCAAUACGGUGUGCUCCCUCAGCUCUAGUGCCUAUCGGUGAGGAUUGUUCGUGUUACGUUUUCGACCUUUAACUUUUCAGUGACUGCCUCGUUAUUUCUGAUGGCCAAUCGAUGGUUUUCGGAACUGUCGACGAUAUCCAGAAGAUCCACGUCCGUUCCAUUCCGAUGGGAGAGUGUGUGCUCCGUAUAGCCUACCAGAAAAGCACCGGAACGUACGGAGUGUGCUCCUCGCGCAAUGAGCCACUGAGAAAAACGGAAAGGCAGUUCGCUUCAAAAAGUGCUCUUGCUUUCUCGAGCAGCAGGCCGAAAGGUUCACUCCCAAGCAUAAAUCAGUGGAAAAUUAUCCAUUGCAGUGGCAGGAACUCGCGCCGACGUCGGGGACAACACAUUGAAGACCACCAUUUCGAGCUUCAUGAUCCUUGAUCAGAACACCUUCCAAGUACUCCAUUCUCACGAGUUCGGAAGUUAUGAACUCGCCAUGAGGUGAAUUUGGAAACAGAUAAAGAAAUAAACGAAAAACAUACAAUUUCAGUUGCAUUUCGGGUCAGUUUGCCGGAGAUACGAACGUAUACUACAUCGUCGGAACUGGCCUUGUCUAUCCGGACGAAACGGAGACGAAGCUCGGCAGAAUUAUUGUAUUCGAAGUUGAUGAGAUUGACAAAACGAAAUUGAGACGUGUGCACGAGAUCGUCGUCCGUGGCACUCCGAUGGCACUUCGAAUUCUCAAUGGAAAGCUUGUUGCCGGAAUUAACAGCUCCGUUCGUCUCUUCGAAUGGACGGGCGACAAAGAGCUCCGUCUGGAGUGCAGCAACUUCACACACAUCGGCGUCGUUGACAUCAAAGUGAUGAAUGAAGAGGUGGCGGUGGCCGAUGUGAUGAGAUCGAUUUCUCUUCUCUCGUACCGCCAGAUGGAAGGAACUUUCGACGAAGUAGCGAAGGAUUGGAACAGUCAGUGGAUGGGCACUUUGGAGUUCAUCACGGCCGAGUCAGUCGUGGGCGGAGAAGCUCAUCUGAACAUCUUCACUGUCGAAGUGGACAAGACUCGCUCGGUUACCGACGACAACCGAUACGUGCUCGAACCGACUGGCUACUAUUAUCUGGGAGAGUUUGUCAAGUCGAUGGUCAGGUCGCCACUCGUGCACAUGCCAGAGGACAGCGCCAUCCAAUACAGUCAUCCGAUCAUGUACGGAACAAGUCAAGGAACGAUUGGAAUGCUGGUCCAGAUCGAUGACACCUGGAAGACGUUCCUGAUUGCCAUUGAGAAGGCGAUCGCAGAAUCGAUAAGAAAUUGCAUGCAUAUCGAGCACAACAACUACAGAACAUUCAUCUUUGAAAAACGAUCUGAGCCGGUAAGCAUCGAACAAAAACAUCUGAAGCUCAUUGUUCGUUUCAGCCAACCGGAUUCAUCGACGGAGACCUUGUUGAAUCCAUCCUCGACAUGGACCGUUCAGCAGCGAUCGAAAUUCUCAAAAAAGUUUCCGAUAAAGGAUGGGAUUCCAGUGAGUGACUUGUCAAACAAACGCCAGAAUUGAAUCCGAAAUUACAGAUCUUCCGAGAGAUCCAGUCGAAAUGCUGAAGGUGAUCGAAGAUCUCGCGCGAAUGCACUGA